AUGACUGUUGACUGGUGUGACCGGACUCUCCACAUGUGUAGCAGAUGUACUCCAGAGCUCCAUGUUCAGAAUCAAACUGUAUUUGGAUAUGAAGGUGAGGAUGUGGAAAUAAAAUGCCUCCAUAGAAACCUCAGUGGAGAGAAGAAGUGGUGCAGAGUUGAUGGAUCUUGUCUGGAAGCUGGAGAAGUGAAUGGCAUGUCAGUGGAGACAGCAGAUGUAGCAGGAGUGUUCAGAGUGACUCUGAGGAACCUCCAGGAGAAGAACAGCGGCUGGUACUGGUGCUCUGUGGGACAGUUCCAGAUGCCUGUUCACAUCACUGUCAGUAAGGGGACCAUUCCUCACACCACCAGCAUCACUGAGACAACUCCAACAACAGAGAUGUCUCUCAGCACUGCAGAUGAAAUCUCUGAAUGCAUUUCCAUUCUGAAUCCCAAAAAAGAAAUCUGGAAAGAAAUUCUUGGCACCCUUUUGAAGUUUGCUGUGGCGCUGGUCUGUCUCACCCUCUCUGCCAUAACUGCAGUGAAGCUCCUGAAGCUCAGAGCUGCUCUAGCUAAAGAUGAUGGAAAUGCUCCUGAUCCCAGUGCUGAGUAACACACCCCAGUGUUGAGUUGAACUGGCCUGAACUACUGUAGUACUGUGUGCACUCUGGCAUUAGCUGAGUCAUUGUUCAUUUUGCAGCUGAGGGUCAUGGCAGUGGAUGCUGGGCUUUUGAGUCACUGGGCUGAGAGUUGAGCAAAGGAAAGCACUGAAGGCAGAAUUCUUCAAUCAGAAAUUAAUACGUUGUUUAGUCACAGCUUAAAAAAACUGUUAAUGACUGUCAUAAGCUAGAUGCUUUCACAUGGCCAGAUGACUACUGCAUCACUGUUUAAUGAUCAAUUGUUGUUAAUGAACUUCAUUCUUAUUUUUGUGUUGUUUACUGUAAUGUGAUAUGGUUGAUACAUUGUGCAGAGAAUUCAAUAUUAUGUUCUAUUUUACACCACUGUUAUACAUCUUUAAUCUUUAAUUGCUGUAUUGAUGUAUUAGAUAUUUCAGUGUGAUAGUGAACUCAAGACUGUAAUCAUG